AUGGACCCAAGAAAGCAGUUAGCACAGAGGCUUUAUUUUACCCCUGGCUCAAAACAGUCCCCUCUGAAUAAAUCAUUUCAAAGAAGGUCUGAGUCAACAGAUCGCAAACGAGUGUCCUCAAUUCCUUUAACUCCAAAGAUGGUCACGUCCUUCCGUACAAGUAAACCUAUAAAGCUUGAUCCAAUUUCUCCUCACAUUCGCAAUAAAGUAACUGGCCACUUAAAUUUAGAUACAACUUUUCGAUUAGAAGAAAAACUUACUCCUCUUCAAGUUUCUACUGAGCUACCAAAAUUCUCUUCAAAAGUACUGCCUAAGCUUAAAGAAAAGCGCAGCGUAUAUGUGCAUGGAGAUUCUGAAUUUCCUAAAAGCCAAGGGCCGACAUCUCCUGGGAAAACUACAUCUCCGUUUGAAAUCCUGCAUAUGAUUAAAUAUGAUCCUGACCUAGCUGACGAUUUUUGGUACCUCAACCGAAAAGAAGACCCUUAUGACUUUGAAUUUGUGACUUAUCAAAAAAGAGACCCAAACCAAUAUCUGACCAUUUCUUCAAGAGGCGUCACUUAUUUUAUGAAUGGGACGACUGAGUUUUUGACAUUAGAAGAGUGGGAUAGAGAGUAUAAAUUGUAUAGUAUUUACUAUUAAAUGGGUAUUUUUUUUAUUUAAAAUGAUGAAUUUAAUAGAAAAAUGUAUAUCAACACCUCAAAAAAAUCAACUUUUUCAAACAAUAUAAAAAGUGGAAAAACUUUUCAUUGUGGAAGAACUUGAGACGCAGAAGCAUGAUAAAAGAUAGAGCAGAAUUCCUUAAAACGCAACUGUUUAUAUUAGAUGAUAUAUUAAGGGAGCCUCUGCUGCAGCUAAGAACUCAGACUUAUAGAAUCAUGAAAGCUGAUAUUAUAGAUUUGUCUACAGAAGAUGUGAGAGCUAUUAAACAGUUUAAUACUGACCAGAACUCUAAAAGAGAAAAAGUUGCUGAGCUUUUAGAAGAAAUUGAAGGAAAUAUUAAAACUGUGAUUUCCAGAGCUACAACAGACUCAAUGGAGCAGUUCCAGAAAGAAAAUAGGACUACAAUUCAAAACCAAGAUGUAGAUCAAGAGGAAAACCCAGAAUCUUUUCUAAUUGGAGACAAUACCAAUAAACAGAUGCCAUAUACUCAAGAAGCUAUUAUAAGGACUCAUUAUAUGCGCCUUACUAAGUAUAUAAGGCUCUGCGACUAUCAAAUUAUUGACUCAAAGGUAUCAUUAUGCUACCAAUCAACCCAAAAAAUUUUAAAUACCUUUUUGCAGCAUGAAGAAGCUCGUCUAGUAAAAGCUCGAGGCAGUCGAAAAGUUCCUAUGCCUCUUUUAAGCAUUUUCGGAAACUUUGAAGGAAUGGACAUGGUGUUUGACCCGACAGCAGAAGAAAUAAAACAAUCUAUGGAAGAUGCUUUAAUGAAAGGGAUCACUGUUGUCUGCAACAAUGAGCUGCUUAUCAGUGCUUCAGAUUUCGAGAAAUUUACCUCAAUGCUUGAAGAUUUUGAAGACCGGCAGUUUGAAGAAGAGCUUGAUUUAUUACAGAUGGUCAUUAAUGAUGAACAGAUCAGAUAUUUAGAUUCCAAGAUAAAAGAAUCUAUAUUAUUAGACUUAAAUGGCUCUUUAGACGACAAUUAUGCAUAUAAAUAAUAUUUAUAUAUAAAAAGGGGAUAUCCAAAGAGCCUUUGACUUAGUGAUUGAGUAUUCUCAAAUAUUUGAGCCUCAAUUGAAGACUUAUAAUGAUAAUGAAAAUAUGGACAUUCAGUUCUUCAGAGCUUCUGAGCUGGAAGAGUUUAAAAAAGCCAUCGACAAAUACAAAGCACAAAUCCAGGAAUUCACUCAUAUGAAAGAGACAGAAACUGUAGGAAUUUAUCAGCUGAACUCAAAAAACCUAAAAGAAAAAUUAAAGCCUUCUCCAAAAAGGUGCUUAAAUAAGCUAGAAAUCUUAAUGCCAGAGCUGUCAUUAGAAAGGGCUGCUAAGCUGCUUUCAGAGCUCAACGAAGCUAAUAGGAAGCUUGUAAAUGUCCCUAAAGUUGUAGAAGAGUACAUAGACUAUAGCAACUUCCUACGAAGAACCAAUGAAAAGAUGGGAGAAUUUUCCCAAAGGUUCAGCGACAUCAAAGACCUCAACCAGUUAAUGGACAUGUACCAGAUAAGGCUUGAAGACAACACAAAAACAAAAUACUCUGACUGUCUUCAAGCUUUAAGCCUACUCAGACAGCGGGUCCAAACAGCUUCUGAAAGAGACGAAGGCGACCGCAUCAAAUUUUCAAAAGAUCUGAGAGACGGAAUCAUAAGCAUAGAAAAAAGAGUCAAAGAAAUCAAUGAAAAGCUCAAAGAUGACAGAAUUGCUAAUAAAGAGUCACAGCCUAGCAUGAUGGUGAUAUUCCUCAAAGAGAUUGGCUCAAUUGUAGAAGAAGUUUAUGGAGAAAGCAAAGCUUAUGCUUCGUAUCAGGACGAAUUGGAAAUAGAAAGGACCAAUUUUGACUAUGUAGCUGAUAUGAGAAGAGAUUUUAAGCUGAAAAACGAUAUGUGGACUGCCCUUUAUGAAUGGGGGACUAAAAUCGUCACAUGGAAUUCUACACCGUUUAAGCUGAUUGAUGUAGAGCAGAUUGGAAAAGAUGUAGAAAAUUACUAUAGAAUUGCUAUAAGAAGCAGAGCGUUAGAAGAUCAAGGAAAUUUUGUGCCGGAUUUGUUGAAGCUUAGAGUUGAAGACUUGAAAAAUACGAUGCCUGUAGUAGUAGAUUUAAGAAGCCCAGCUUUGCAGCCAAGACAUUGGGACCAAAUAAAAGAAACCUUACAAAAAGAUAUAUACCAAUUUAAAGGAAUAAGAGUAUUAUUAUGAUUUUAAAAAAGCUACUAGAUAGCAAUUUUCCUAUUUUUAAAAUGGUAUAGAUAUUUCUGACACCACUUUUACUUUACAAUCACUUAUGGAUAUGAAAGUUAAUGAUAAAAAAGACGAAAUUGCUGAUAUUGCCCUCAAAGCAAAGAAGGAACAGGAGCUUGAAAGACAGCUGAACGAAGUUGUGAAAACGUGGGAAUCAGUCGAAUUCCAGCUGAAAUACAACAAGGAAAAAGACGUUUUCACUUUAACGCAGCUUGAAGAUAUCAUUACUAUGCUUGAUGAUACCCAAGUCGCUAUUUCCAGCAUCAUUACAAACAGAUAUGUAGCACCUUUAUAUGAUAAAGUCGAGCCUUGGCAAAAGAAAUUCGCUUUGUUUUCAAGCACACUCGAUGAGUGGAUGAAUGUCCAAAAACAGUGGCUGUAUUUAGAAAAUAUUUUCCACUCACCUGACAUCCAAAAGCAGCUUCCAGUCGAACAGAAGAAAUUCGUAAAUAUCGAUGUAAACUUCAGAAAACUCAUGAAAAACGUCAGCGAAAGGACUUUGGCAUUACCUAUAGCUACACAGCCUAAUCUUUUUAAAGAGCUUAAAGACUAUAACACAAAGUUAGAACAAAUCCAAAAAGCAUUAGAAGACUAUUUACUCCCCCUUUUAAUUGGAGCAAGAAAUCCUAUUCCAUUUAAAAGAGGAUAAUUUUUGUUUUAAACAAAUUAUUUUCAUGAAGAAUUAAUUCAAAAAAUUAAUCGUCCGUAAGCAAAAUUCUAUUAAAUUUCUUCCUUAAAUUAGAUAUUAUAAAAAUUAUUAUUUUCACGUGUAAAUUUUCCGAAUUGAAAAAUAAUAACUUAAAAGGGCUAAAUAACCAAAAAAAAUUUAAAUUUUCCGAUAUUUUGUUCCAUUGAAAAGUGGGAGCUAGAUAAAAAACGUAAACAAUUCCCAAGAUUUUUCUUUUUGUCUAAUGAUGAAUUACUAGAAAUUUUGGCACAAGCAAAAGUACCGUCUGCAGUCCAGCCACAUUUGAGGAAAAUUUUUGAAAGCAUUUAUCAGCUUGAUUUUGGCAGCGAGCACAGAGGAGAAGACAUUUAUGCUAUGAUUUCGGCAGAGGGCGAAAGAAUUCCGCUUUCAAGAAACCUAAAAGCUAGAGGGAGCGUAGAAGAGUGGCUAGGUGUUGUCGAAGGAGAUAUGAAAAAGAGCUUGAGAAGAGAAAUUAAAGAAGGAUAUGGGUCUUAUGAUGACCAAAAUAGGCCGGAAUGGGUUAUUGGGCACUUUGCACAGAUAGUAUCAUGUGUAGGCAAUAUCAUGUGGACUUAUUCCACAGAAGAAGCAUUGACGAACAAAGAUGGAGCAUCUGAAGCCCUUGCAGACUGGUAUGAAACUAAUGUGUCUCAGCUAGAAGAAUUGACAGUGCUUGUCAGGACUGAUUUAAAUAAUAUCCAAAGAAGAUCAGUUGUAGCAUUAGUGACUCAGGACGUGCAUAAUCGUGAUAUCAUAGAAAAUUUAAAGGACAAUGAAGUAUCCUUAAUUUACUUUAAUUAAAAUUAUCGGGGUCAAAUCGAGCAGCUUUUGCCUCUAUAACGCUUCACCGCUUGCUUGCUAGUCUGAGCACAGCCUCUCACUGUGUUGUUCAUCACAAACGAGGACUUGCACUUGAUACCUGUGAGCCAGAAGCUCUGAGUGACCAUGCCGUACAUCAGAGGGGUUCAACUUCUAAAUUCGAAAAAUUAAAAUCGAAUUUAUGGUCACCUGUCGAAUAUCAAGGCAUAAGGUCUGGUAUAGCGCUAGGAAGCAUUCUCAAUUGGCCAGGAGGAACCUCACUGUUGUUGCCGGGACUUCCCAUUCCAACUUCGAGCUCCAUCUCCUCAUGAGAUAGAUCCUUGACCUGAGCGAGCAUGCAGUAGGCAUAAUUCAGCAUAGAGUUCCACCAAACCAAUUAAAACCUUUCCGGAUACACAUCACGAACGCCAUCAUUCUACAAUCACCCUGAGCUGCCUCAGCUACAGCUGUUAAGAGGGUAUGUUGGUUCGCCACGCCAUUAAUGUGAAGUAUCUAGCAUGAAUGAUUUCAGGUGGCAGCAACAAUUAAGGUACUAUUUUGCUUCCGAACAAGAAGAUUGCACAAUAAAGCAGGUUAAUUCAGUGCUAUAUUAUGGCUAUGAAUAUAUGGGCGCUACGACUAGGCUAGUCAUUACACCUUUGACUGAUAGAUGCUGGAUGACCAUUACAGGCGCUCUUCAUAUCAAGCUAGGCGCCUCCCCCGCAGGACCAGCAGGAACAGGGAAAACUGAAAGUGUUAAAGAUCUAGCCAAAGCAGUAGGCCAGUAUUGCAUCGUAUUUAACUGCUCUGAACAAAUCACAUUUAUGAUGAUGGAAAAGCUGUUUCUAGGUCUUUGUAAUACUGGGUCAUGGUCAUGUCUGGACGAGUUCAACAGAAUUGAUAUAGAAGUGCUGUCAGUUAUUGGACAACAGCUGAGAACUAUUAGUACUGCCCGAUGGGAAAAGAAGACCGAAUUUUAUUUAGAUGAUAAACAUUCUUAUCUUGUGGAUACUAUGGGUGUCUUUAUUACUAUGAACCCUGGAUAUGCAGGUAGAACUGAGCUUCCUGACAACUUAAAAGUCUUGUUUAGGCCUAUGUCUAUGAUGGUUCCUGACUAUACCUUGAUUGCUGAAAUUAUGCUUUUUGCAGAAGGGUUUAGUGAAGCUAAAAGAUUGUCAGGCAAAAUGACGAAACUUUAUAAACUGUCGUCAGAGCAGCUUUCACAGCAGGACCAUUAUGACUUUGGAAUGAGGGCUGUAAAAAGUGUGCUGAAUAUGGCUGGGGCGUUAAAAAGAAAAGACCCAGACCUUUCAGAAGAAGUUGUGCUGAUUCGAGCUAUGAGAGAUUCCAACGUCCCAAAGUUCUUAAAAGAAGAUCUAAUUUUAUUCUUUGCAAUUGUCCAAGAUUUAUUCCCAGGCGUAGAAGUCCCAUUUGUAGACUAUGGCGAGCUCCAAGAAAGUAUCAUAGAAAUCAUUAAAAAAGAUAAGCUGCAGCCAGAACCAAAAUUCAUUGAAAAAGUAAUUCAGCUCUACGAGACCUUUUCAGUCAGAUUCGGAGUUAUGAUCGUCGGCCCAGCCACUGCUGGAAAAUCAACCUGCUACAGAGUACUCGCUAAAGCCAUGACCCACCUCCGAGCCAACAAAAAUUCCAAAAACCAAAAUUUCCAAGAAGUCGAGUACAAAGUCCUUAACCCCAAAGCUAUCAACAUGGGCGAGCUUUAUGGAGAGUACAAUGAAGUGACUCAAGACUGAAAAGACGGUCUAGCCAGCUCUAUAAUGAGAAAUUACAGCGAGCGAGAAGACAAUAACAGAAGAUGGGUCGUAUUUGAUGGACCUGUCGAUUCUCUUUGGAUUGAAAAUAUGAAUACUGUGCUUGACGAUAACAUGAUGCUGUGCUUAGCAAAUGGACAAAGAAUUAAGCUGAAAAAUGAAAUGAGGAUGCUUUUUGAGGUCCAAGAUUUAGCUGUAGCUUCUCCUGCAACUGUUUCAAGGUGUGGGAUGGUUUAUAUGAACCUGGAAGCUGUAGGCUGGAAACCAUAUGUGAUGACCUGGGUUGAUGUAAAUCUUCCUGAGUGGUCUGAAGAAAAUAGGACUUUUUUGAAAUAUUUGUUUGAAAAGUAUGUUGAAAAAGGAAUUGCUGUGAUUAGAAAAGGGCUUUUUGAGCCGAUUCCGACUAUGGAUAUGAGCUUGGUGAUGAGCACUUGUUCACUUAUAAAAGCUUUGACGUUAGAAGAAGACUGCCCAAGGCUAAAAGACGAGCCAGAUCAGUUUAAAAAAUAUCUAGAAAAGCUGUUUAUGUUCUGCUUUAUGUGGGGAUUAGGAGGAGCUCUUGACAAUAAUAGCCAGCUUAAGUUUGAAUCAAGCAUGAGCAGUGAAUUUUCUUUUGAUCUUCCCAGAGGGUCAUUAUUUGACUCCUUUGUAAGCCCUGACAAAAUUGGUGGCGAUUACAAGCAAUGGGAAAAAAUCAAGCCAGAUUUUCUAUAUGAUCCAGCGAUUUCCUUUUUCGAGCUUGUCGUCCCUACCAAAGAUACUGUAAGGUUCGCAUACAUUUUAAGGACCCAAAUAAAAGUCCACAAGCCUGUUUUCAUUACAGGCUCUACUGGUGUCGGAAAAACCGUCAUAAUUACAGACACUUUAUAUUAUAUGAAGGAAAAUGAAAAUUUAUUCCCUGUUUUUUUGACUUUUUCGGCACAGACUUCUUCUAUUCAGACACAAAAUACAAUUAUGAGCAAGCUAGAUUCGAAGAGAAAAGAUAUGGUCGGUGGGCCAGGAGGGAAAAGGGUCGCUCUGAUGAUUGAUGAUGUAAAUAUGCCGGCUGUUGAAAAAUAUGGAGCACAGCCUCCGAUUGAACUUAUGAGGCAAUAUUGUGAUAGUGGGUAUAUAUAUGACAGAGCUAAACAUUUCCCUGUAUUUAUAGCGGACACUACACUCAUUUGUUGUGCAGCACCACCUGAAGGUGGCAGAAAUCCACUUACCCAAAGAUUUACUAGGCAUUUUCAUAUGUUGUGCAUACCUCCGACGUCAGAAGAUUCUAUGAAUUUGAUAUUUAAAACGAUCUUGGAAGGGUUUUUCAAGCCAUUUAAAACAGAUGUGCAGUCGUUAUCAGGGAUGAUUGUGCAGGCAACGAUAAAUGUGUAUAAUAUUAUCUGCAAAGAAUUAUUAUAAUUUAUGAAAUUGAUAUCUACAGAAUAAAUCAGUUCUUUUUAUAAUAGAUAUUUUUUAUUAUUAAUUUAAUGUAAAACAGUAUACCAACCCCUGCUAAGAGCCAUUACACUUUUAACCUCCGAGACAUUUCUAAAGUCUUCCAAGGCAUCCUUAUGAGCGACUUCAGAAUUUUCCAAAACCCAGAUUUAAUGAUCAGGCUCUGAAUCCAUGAAACCUCAAGAGUAUUCCAUGACAGGCUUAUCAAUAAACAAGACAAGACUUGGUUCCAAGAACAAGUAGUCAAGCAGUCAGCCCACAUAUUUAGAAAAGACUGGACUUAUGAAGACCUAUAUGGAGGCUCUCCAAUUUUGUUCGGAGACUUCAUCAGAGGCGACUUAGAAGCUGAAGAAAGGUUCUAUGAAGAAAUCCCUGACUUGAAAAAACUGACUGAUGUCACAUACAGACUAUUAGAAGAUUAUAAUUAUUCAGGAAACAAGCGACAAAUGAGUCUAGUUUUCUUCCAAGACGCUCUUGAACACUUGUGUAGAAUCUGCAGAAUUCUGAGGCAGCCACGAGGAAAUGCUAUGCUUGUUGGGGUUGGUGGCUGUGGAAAACAGUCUCUGACCCGUCUAGCCGCUUAUAUAUCAAACUGCCAAUGCUUCCAAAUACAAGUUACAAAGGUAUAUGGACUUAAUGAGUUCAGAGAAGACAUCAAAGUCCUCUUUAAGCAAGCAGGAGGCCCUGACGAAGUCCCCACAGUUUUCCUUCUUUCAGACACCCAAAUAGUAAAAGAAAGCUUUUUAGAAGACGUCAACAACAUCUUAAACUCAGGAGAAGUCCCUAAUUUAUUCACAAAAGAAGAGCUUGAAGAAGUAGAACAAGACCUUCGACCUAUUGCAGCCCAGCGUAAAGUAUAUGAUAACAUGUAUAAUUUCUUUAUCCAAAGGGUCAGAGAAAACUUGCACGUGGUGCUUUGUAUGAGUCCUGUUGGAGAAGCUUUGAGGGUAAGGAUGCGUAUGUUCCCUUCAUUGGUGAACUGCUGUACAAUUGACUGGGUCAACCCUUGGCCAGAGGACGCACUUUUGAGUGUGUCAAGAAGCAAGAUGAAAGAUUUGCAAUUUGAAGACGUCACUAAAGAUGAAGCGAUACGCCUAAGAGAGCAGCUGUCAAAAAUGAGUGUCUUUAUACAUAUUUCAGUUCAAGACAAAGCUGCAGAGUUUUUAAAAGCUCUUUCUAGAAAGGUAUAUAUAACUCCAAAAAGCUAUAAUGAACUAGACUGAAUUUUCUGCCAUUUUAUAUUAAUUUUCAUAUAAAUACUAUUUAUCCUAAUAAAGGAUAUUUAGACAUGAUCAAUCUUUAUUUCAAAAUAAUUGAAGAAAAAUCAAAUGAAAUUUCAAAAUUGAAAAAUAAAUACAAAAAAGGGGUAGAAACCAUCCAAAAAACAAAUCAAGAAGUAUAUAAGAUGCAAGAAGAGCUGACUAAGCUUAAGCCAGUUUUGGAGCAGAAAAAAGUCGAAGCUGAUGAGCUGUCAAAAAUUGUGGAAGCUGAUACCAUUGCAGCCAAUAAGGUGAAAGAAGAAGUAGAGGAGGAAGAAAGAGCGGUCAGUGCACAAACAGCAGAGGUCCAGGCUUUGCAACAAGAUGCACAAGCUGAUUUAGAUGAGGCACUGCCUGUUCUUGAGUCUGCUGUAAGAGCUUUAGACCAAAUUAACCCAAGAGAUAUCGCAGAAAUUAGAACUUUUUCACAGCCAGCCGCGCUUAUUAAGUAUACACUUGAAGCAGUCUCAAUUUUACUGCAAGAGAAAACUGAUUGGGAUACAAUUAAAAGAACUCUAAACAAUGAUUUUAUUAAUAGACUGAAAAACUUCGCAAGAGAUAAUAUUCCUAAACAAGUUCUUGUGAAACUUAAAAAGAAAAUCACAGAAAACCCUGAUUUUAACCCUGAUAAAGUAGGAAGUGUCAAUCUUGCUUCAAGAUCUCUUUGUUUAUGGGCACUCGCUAUGGAUAAAUAUGCCAAAGUCUCAGAAGAAGUAGCACCAAAAAGAGAAAGGCUCGAACAAAUGAACAAAAUUCUUCACACUGCAGUCAGCAAGCUUAAAGCAACACAAGCUAAAUUGCAAAAAGAACUUGACAAGGUCGCAAAUUUAGAAGCUAAAAGACAAAGAGUCCUUGACGAAAGAGACCGCCUAGCAUAUGAAGCUAAAAAAACUGCCAUCAGAUUAGACCGAGCAAGUGUACUCACUGGUUCUUUACAAGAAGAAAAUGAAAGGUGGCAAAAACAGGUCGAAAAAUUAAUAGAAUUCAUGAGAAAUGUCGCAGGAGACACAUUUUUGUCAGCAGCCUGCAUCAGCUACUAUGGUCCUUUUACAGGAAUUUACCGAAAUGAGCUCGUUAGCUCCUGGCUACAAAAAUGUGAAGAAUUCAAGAUCCCAGUUACCCCUAAUUAUGAUUUACAAGAAAUUAUGGGCGAUCCUAUGACAAUUCGUGACUGGAAUAUCAAGACACUGCCAGCUGACACUGUUUCUAUUAAUAAUGGCAUUUUGGUUACAAGAUGUGAAAGAUGGCCGCUUAUGAUUGAUCCUCAAGAACAAGCGAAUCGGUGGAUUAAAAAGCUUGAAGAAAAGGCAGGGAUUAAGGUUAUUAAACAGACUGAGAGGGAUUUUGCAAGGUCUGUAGAGACUUGUGUGAGAAAUGGGGCUGCACUAUUAAUAGAAGAUGUAGGGGAAAUUCUGGAUCCGACACUUGACCCGAUUUUAGAAAAGAAUUUGGUGGAGCAAGGGGCGGGGAGAUUUUCAUUGAGAAUGGGUGACCAAGAAGUCGACUAUGACCCUGCUUUUAAGCUUUAUAUCACUACCAAGCUACCAAAUCCUCAUUAUCUGCCUGAGGUUACUAUUAAAACGACACUUAUAAACUUCACUGUUACUACACAAGGCCUUGAAGAGCAGCUUUUAGGCGACGUCGUCAAAAAAGAGCAGCCAAAAAUAGAAAAAAGGAAAACUGAGCUGAUGAUUGCGAUGGUAAAAGACCAAAAAAGCUUAAAACAAGCUGAAGACACCAUUUUGUCAUCUCUUUCUGACUCAAAAGGAAAUAUUUUAGACGAUCCUGAAAUUAUUGAAACUUUAAAGAGCUCUAAAAACUUGUCAAACGAAAUCAGCCAAAGAAUGUUGAGAGCUGAGGACAUCAAAAAAGAAGUCGAAGCUGCUUUUCAGCAGUACCAAUCUGUAGCUGUAAGAGGGUCAAUCUUAUAUAAAUGCUUAUGAAGAAUAGCCUAUAUAGCAGCAUUUUUUGGUUAGCCAGAGCCAAUAACGAUAUACCAGUCAACUAAUGCCAGGCUAAAAUAAAGAUGCUCAUUAAUAGGCUAUCUAUCGUAAACUCUUAUACUUUGUGAUUGCAGAUUUAGCAUUGGUAGACCCAAUGUACCAAUACUCUCUUUCAUAUUUCACCAAGCUUUUCAAUAAGGUCAUAGAUACUUCACAAAGAUCAGACAUAAUUGAAGAAAGAAUCAGCAUCUUAAUUUCAUCAAUUACUGAGUUCAUUUUUAUGAACGUGUGUAGAGGCCUUUUCAAUGCCCAUAAGCUGAUUUUUAGCUUUUUAAUUUUAGUACAAAUUUUAAGAAGGGAAGGAAAAAUUUCUGAUGCAGAGUGGGGAUUAUUAUUAAAAGGGGUAGCAAUUAUCCCUUCAAGCUUUGUGAGGACGCCAAACCCAGAUCCUUCUAAAUUCUCUGAUAAAACUUGGGACACCAUUAUUUUCUUGCAAAAUAUUAGUGCUCCGUUUAACCAGCCUCUAUUAGGCCAAGAAAUCGCAAAAAAUAAAGCGGAAUGGAUCAGAUGGGCUUCAAAAAGUGAGCCUCAAGACGAGCCUCUUCCUGAGCCUUAUAACUCCUUGCCCACUUUUCACAAACUUUUACUAGUAAAAGCAUUCCGUGAAGAAAAAAUCAUUUAUAUGGUCAUUAAGUUCGUCGAUGAAUUUUUAGGCAGAAAAUACGUAGAAGUGCCACCAAUAUCAAUGGAAGAGGUCUAUGCAGACACAAACUGUAGGAAUCCGGUUAUUUUUAUCCUUAGCCAAGGCGCUGACCCUAUGAGUAUGAUGAAAAGACUAGCCGAAAUGAUGGGAUUUGCUGAAAAAUUAGAAAUCAUUUCUUUAGGCAAAGGACAAGGUGACAGAGCAAAAAGGCUGAUUGACAGCGGGUUUAAGGCUGGGAAGUGGAUUGUCUUGCAGAACUGCCAUCUUGCGAAAUCGUGGAUGCAUGACUUAGAAACCAUUUGUGAAAAUUUUGAAGACCCAAAAGUCCAUAUGAAUGAAGAUUUCAGGCUGUUUUUGACGUCGAUGCCUUGUGACUAUUUCCCUGUCCCUGUCUUACAAAAUGGUGUGAAACUUACUAAUGAGCCGCCUAAAGGAAUCAGGGCAAAUCUUAUAAGGUCACUAAACGCCAUGUCAGACGAACAGCUAGAAAGCUGCACAAAGCUUCAUGAGUGGAAAAAACUGCUUGUAAGCAUAUCGUUUUUCCAUGCAAUUCUGCAAGAAAGACGCAAAUUCGGGCCACUUGGAUGGAAUAUCAGAUAUGAAUUUAACGAAUCUGACUUAGAGACGUCAAUUUUAAUGCUUAAAAACUUUUUAAAUACUACAGAAAGCAAUAUUCCUUGGGAUGCAAUCCGAUUUAUGACUGGAGAAAUCAAUUAUGGAGGCAGGGUGACUGAUGACUGAGACAGACGAUGCUUGAUGGGCAUUUUAGGUAUUUUUAUAACUCCACAAGUACUUGGAGAUGACUAUAAAUUUUCUGUCUCAGGAAUUUACCAUGUGCCAGCAGACGGUGAUUUGGCAGCUUAUAAAGCUUAUGCAGACACGUUACCUUUAACUGACCAGCCAGAGAUUUUUGGGAUGCAUGAAAACGCUAAUAUUACUUUCCAAAACCAAGAAUCGAAUUUAAUAUUGACAACUGCCCUUUCAAUACAGCCAAGAGAUGCAGGGAAAGGAUCAUCUGGAAAAUCCUCUGAUGAAAUUGUAGACGAGCUCGCUGGGGUAAUUUUUGACCAAUUGCCAACAGACAUGCUAAGAUCUGAAGCUGCUCCAGAAAUAUUCGCAAGGGACAAGUUUGGGCUUAUGGAAUCACUUGGGACAUUUUUAGGACAAGAAAUGGUCAGAUUUAACAGACUUCUGAAGGUUAUGAGGAAAAGUCUUGAAGAUUUAAAGAAAGCUAUUAAAGGAGUUGUUGUGAUGUCAGGAGAAUUGGACAGUAUGUAUAGAAAUAUGCUUAAUAAUCAAGUCCCUGAAAACUGAGUCAGAGUUGCUUAUCCUUCUCUAAGGCCGUUAGCUUCUUGGGUUAAUGAUCUAAAAGAACGUGUCGCAUUUUUAAGAAAAUGGCUUAGCCAAGGCAAACCUGAAGCUUUUUGGCUCAGUGCCUUUUUCUUCCCUCAAGGAUUUUUAACAGCUGUUUUACAGAGUUUUUCGAGAAAAUACCAAAUCCCUAUAGAUAUUUUGAAUUUCUCAUUUGAUUUCCAGCCAUUUUUCGAUAUAGAUCAAAUUACAGAUUUGGCAGACGAUGGGUGCUAUAUUUAUGGACUUUAUAUGGAAGGCUCCAGAUGGGAUGUAGACACAAUGCAGUUGGAAGAUUCAUAUAUUGGAGAAAUGUAUAGCAAAGCCCCAGUGAUAUUUUUCACCCCUGCUGAAAGUUAUACGCCUGAUCCUGAAGAGUAUUCGAUGCCUGUGUAUAAAACUUCGGUGAGAGCUGGUGUUUUGAGCACUACUGGGCAUUCAACAAAUUUCAUUAUUGCUAUUGAGUGCCCUACUAUGAAAAAACCGAAUUAUUGGGUUCUUAAAGGAGCUGCAUUCCUUUGUCAACUAAAUGACUAA